GAGAGUUGUGCACUUUUACCGCGGUAAGGAGACGGACAGACGGACACCCCCUGUCAGUGGAUUGGCAUUUUUUAUUUUAUUUUCCAUUUAUAUGACAGUUGUUGUAACGCUAUUAUAGUUCCGUUUAUUACUCUUCAGUUUAUACGUGAUUUAUACUUUCUGUGUUUUUUUUUUUUUUUUUUUUUUAUUUUUUCCCCGCUGAAGUCGCGCUCUGGGUCCGACAUGACGAGUUCGAAGCCCGGAUUCUUCUCCACAUUCUUUUCCAGCUGCUCCUUGGUGUUUCUUCUCGCUGCCCUGGGAGGCCAGGGGAGACUGGUGACCAUCCCCAGGGGCCCCCUGAUCCGCGUCGAGGGACAGUCGGUGUCCAUACGCUGCAAUGUGUCCGACUACGAGGGCCCCCUCGAGCAGGACUUUGAGUGGAAGCUCGUCCAGGGGAGCGUGUCCUACGACCUCGUUUCCACGAUGGACCCGCAGUUCACAGACACGAGCUUCUUGGACCGUGUGACCAGCGGGGACCUCUCCCUGACACGGCUCUCUGACAGCAGCGCGGAGCUGCGGAUCGGGACCGUGAGGACCACAGACGGGGGCACCUACGUGUGCAGCACCCCCAGCACCGACGUGUCUGUCAGCGGGAAUUACGACGCUGAUGUGGAGCUGAAAGUGAUCAAGGACAGCCUACAGGUGGCACCAGUGCCCUCGCCAGCGCUGGUCCCAGAGGGCGGUCCACUGGAGCUUCGCUGCAACGUCACCCGGGUCAUGACGGAGAACACCUACCUGUCCGUGACCUGGUCUGUCGGGAGAGGGACGUCCCCUUCGAAGGACAUCCUGACCGUGGGUCCUGACGGAGAUGUGGAGGUUGGGGAGUUUUACACCCAGCGGUACAGCGACGGGGGCCUCCUCCUCAAGCUGCGGGGGGGCGGGGCCUUUGGCCUCCUGCUGACCGAAGCAUUUCCCAGCGACCGGGGCGAGUACAGCUGUACGGCGAGGGAGUGGGUCCCCGAGGGGGGCGGAGUCUGGCAGAGUAUCCUGGAGAAGAGGGUGGAGCUUGGCCAGGUGGACAUCACGCCCGUUGCUGCAUCUCUCCUGGUCUCCCUGGAGGACAACACCACCCUCGACGUGGGCGAAACCCUCCGUUUGACCUGCUCAGUUGCCGGUGACCACCAGGUGGCACUCGGGCUGGAGGUCACGUGGUCCGUGAGCCCGACUCCCGGCCUGAACGGCUCCGGCGCCCCUCGGGUUCUGGGUGACGUGAACCGAGACGGAGUGGUGUCCAACCGGUCCGGUCAGGUGGAGCUCAGCCAGGCUGGCGGGGGCGUGUUCCCGCUCGCCGUGCACCACGUGGACCGGUCCGACUCCGGCUCCUACUCGUGUGCGGUGAGAGCCUGGGUUCGACAGAGCAACGGCCGCUGGUACCAAGCGGCGGAGAAGAAGUCUGGUCCCGUCCAGGUUCAGGUGACCAUGACAGAGCCCAAUUUCACAGUGACCUUGAGUGACCUGGUCACCCCGCGGUUCUCCGGAGACCCCGCGGAGCUGGCGUGUCGCGUGACCGGUGCUCCGCUCCUGCAAGACGGCCGCCUGGGGGUCACCUGGCUCCACGGCACCGGCUCCGACCCGGUCAGGACCGCCCGGCCCGUGGCUGCGCUGGACGAGCGGGGGGAACUCGUGGUGUGGGACGACUACCGCCCCCGGGUGGAGAGCGGACUCAUUUCGCUGUCCAGGGUCAAGUCCCUCACCUUCAGGCUGCGUUUCCUGCACAUGUGGGAGUCGGACCAGGGCGCGUUCCUCUGCGCCGUCUCCACCUGGACCCGUUCACGGGACGGGGGAUGGGUCAGGAGCCAGGAGGUCCGCUCCAACAACCUCACGGUCCACUGGGAAGUCAAAAAGCCGAGGCUCGGAGUCGUCGCUUACAGACUGAGGGAGGCCUCGUCAGCCGGGGCCACGUUUGAGAUGAGCUGUCGGGUCAUCGCAGAGAACCUGCAGGAGCCCAGUUACUCGGUUCACGUUCAGAUGGAGCAGUCAGUGAGGAGCAAGACCCGCCGGAUCGUGUCCCUGGGCCCCGACCUGGUCGUGCAGCCGGAGGACGGGGGCGACCAGGAGAGGCGAGACAGCGCGGUUCUGGAGAAGAGCGGGCCGGCCGAGUUCCGCUUCCGCCUCUAUGGGGUGCAGGUGUCGGACCGCGGGUUCUACUCCUGCGCCGUGACGGCCUGGACACGUGACGCAAGCAGGAACUGGACUAAAGCUGUCAGCUCAGAGUCCAACAAAGUCCAGAUUGCCUUCGUCCACACAGGUCCCACGUUCAACAUUUCCAUCCAUGCUGACACAACCAGUAUCUACCCUGGGGAGACCACCAAGAUGGACUGCAUCCUGGCGGUGUCGGGGUCCACACCUAAUGCAGGUGACAUUUUCUACGAGGUGCAGUGGUACCAGAACCACUUUCGAGUGGAUGGUGGCGCCGCCCUGCUGGCCAGUAUGGACCGCUGGGGCGUCGUGAAGAAGAGCCCCAGGAACAGCAGCAGCGACUGCAGCCUGGAACGCGUCUCGUCGCAGGUCUUCAGACUCAGCAUUCACAACACGCAGGACACGGAUGCCGGCGAGUACCGGUGCCGCGCCGCACCCUGGAUGCGCUCCUCAGCGGGGACCUGGACCCGCGGUCAGGACCUCUCCUCGACCACGGUCUUCCUCACAGUCCGCUUCGCAUUGUGGGACUCCAUGAAGAUGCCCCUGCUGUACGGGGCAGGUGCCGCCCUCAUCGUGGGCCUCUUCUCCCUCUUGGUGGGCUUCGCUUGCGCCCACUGCUGGUGCCGAAAGGUCGCGCUGGUGCCUCGCCGCUCCCGCAACCACCUGAUGGUCCAGGACAUGGAGUGAGGAGCACCCCCUCGGCCUCGCCCACGCCGACCGGAACCCCUCCGCACAGCCGACGGCGGACCGGAGCCCGGGAGCAGGGCGGGGCAUCUGCUGCACUGUCGCGCCCGCUGAGCGAAGAGCAGUCGGAGCAACGGGUCUCAACUCAGGAACUGCUGGACGGAAAGUGGCUCCUCUGACCAAACGGCUGUUUGACACCUAGAUCUUAUGACUGUGAAACACACCACUGAAGCUGACAUGGGGCUCGGAGGAAUUUGGAGAUGAUGAGGAGAUGAUGAGGGGGAUGGAAGGAGAGAUGAUGGCAGAGAUGAUAUGAGCUCAUGAAUUCACUGAGGCUGGUGAUGCCGGUCUCUUCAGUACCACGUUCCCUGUGAGAUGUCCUGGUCCUGCUGAUCCUCCUGCUGGUCCAGUUCCAGGUGAAUAUGGAAAACGCUGCCAGCUGAUCCCAUAGCUCCAGGAGUGCUGGUUCCCUAGGAACCCCUCCAAUCUCUCCUGUUCCAUGUGACACUUGUAGAGGAGUCCAGGUCUGAAGGUCUGAAACUCCUCAUGUGGCCCAGUGUGAUCCGUCAUCAUCUGUCCUUCAUCUCCUGUGUGGUGAAAGAACUUUAGAUUUACAGUGUUACCUGCUGGAGUGAAGUGAGGCCUGCAGUGCAUAGCCGACUUUUUUGCGUGCGUGUCCGUCCGCACAUUCCGUCCUCCUUACACACACACACACACACACACACAGUCCCUCGGAAUGUAGCUCAUGUGUAAGCGACCUGCUGACCCUGGAUGCCUCCGGUGCCAAACUUUUUAUUAGAAAGGCUGAACUCUUUGUUUUUAUC